GGCGCGGCAUGGACCGUGCGGAGGGGCGCGAGGCGGCCGCGCUGGUGGCGCGGGGCGGCGGUCGCCGCCGCGCAAGCCGGAGCAAUUGGUCUGGGAGUCUAAUUGUAGCCUCUUUAACUGGUGCUUUUGGCUCAUCUUUUCUUUAUGGUUACAAUCUCUCCGUGGUGAACGCACCUGCAGUGUAUAUCAAGAAGUUUUACAAUGAAACUUGGGAAAGAAGGUACGGCUUCUCGGUGGAUGAAAGCACACUGACUCUCCUCUGGUCCAUAACUGUUUCUAUUUUUGCCAUUGGUGGCCUUGUGGGUGCCAUUAUUGUUACUCCAAUUGUGAAGUUCUUUGGAAGGAAAUGCACUUUGCUGCUCAAUAACGUGUUUGCAGUGACAGCUGCAUUGUUGAUGUCCCUCUCCUUGUUGGCAGGGUCAUUUGAAAUGCUUAUACUGGGCCGCAUUAUCAUGGGUGUUGAUGCAGGCAUUUCCCUGAGUGCCCUUCCCAUGUAUUUGAGUGAAAUAUCUCCUAAGGAAAUUCGUGGUUCAUUGGGUCAAGUCACAGCAAUUUUCAUCUGUAUUGGUGUUUUCACUGGUCAAGUUUUGGGGCUGCCAGAAAUAUUUGGGCAAGAAUCUCGGUGGCCUUACUUGUUUGGGGCAAUCAUUGUUCCUUCAUUGAUACAAGUUGUGAUUCUUCCUUUUCUUCCUGAAAGUCCUCGUUACCUCUUACUUGAAAAACAUAACACGGGCAAGGCAGAAAAAGCUUUUCAGACUUUCCUUGGGAAAGAUGAUGUGUCUCAUGAAGUAGAAGAAGUUUUGGCAGAGUCUCGAGUCCAGAGAAACACCAAGUUAGUGUCGAUAGCUCAGCUCCUCAGAACCCGCGCUAUGCGAUGGCAAGUCAUUACCGUGGUUGUCACCAUGGGCUGCUACCAGCUCUGUGGCCUCAAUGCUAUCUGGUACUACACAAACAACAUCUUUAGUGAAGCUGGGAUCAAUCAUGACACAAUCCCCUAUGUUACUUUAAGUACUGGUGCUGUUGAGACUCUGGCUGCUGUGUUUUCUGGCUUAGUUAUUGAACGGCUGGGACGCAGACCCCUUCUCAUUGGAGGCUUUGGGUUGAUGGUUGUCUUCUUUGGAGUACUUACUAUCUCUCUGACUUUACAGAAAACCGUACACUGGCUUCCUUACCUCAGUAUAUUUUGCAUCCUUGCAAUCAUUGCAUCAUUCUGCAGUGGGCCAGGUGGGAUUCCGUUUGUCCUCACUGGGGAGCUUUUCCAGCAGUCGCAGAGGCCAGCCGCGUUCAUGAUAGCUGGGACGGUCAACUGGCUCUCCAACUUCGCAGUCGGCCUGCUCUUCCCUUUCAUCCAGAGUGGUUUACAGACCUACUGCUUCCUAGUGUUUGCUGCCAUUUGCCUUGCAGGAGCUACUUACCUGUUUUUUGUCCUCCCUGAAACAAAAAAUAAGACAUUUCAUGAAAUCAGCCAGGCUUUUGCCAAAAGGAAUAAAGUAUGUUUAGAAAUACAAGAAAUGAACCACCACCCGGGGGAGAGAAAAUCAAGUGCAGAACAAGAAUCGAACUUCACAUCUCCAGUUAACAACGGGGAAACAAAACAAGGGAUUGUGUAAAUCCAGAAUGCUCUUUUGGGGAACUUGGGGAAAACGUGCUCUUUCAUUCAGUACAUUUAUACCAGCGCACAACUUGUAUUUUUUUGUGUGACAGCAUGAACUCCUUACCCUUUGACUGUGUUUUAAGUGAGUACAAGUGAAUCUUUUAGCAGCUAGGGUGAUGGUUGAAGGAACGAGAGGCAGGAGUAGCAACACUUGAUUAAAUAAAUAAAAGCUGGAUUUUUCAUGGGCAUCAGUGAAAUAGAUGCUGUGGUGAGGGAGGUGGGGAAUACGGACUCAGAAAAGUGAAGUGUGGUGAUGGGGAGCUGGGGUUGGAAGCAGCAGCUGGCUGAGCACCCCAUGUGCUCACAGGGAGAUGUGCAUGCAGUCCCUGGAGAGGAGGAGGCUGGGAAAAGGGAAGAGAUCCCACCAGGCUUCUGCUGAGAAUCAAUGAAAAUGAACCUGAAAUGAUACCAGCUCCCAUUUCUCCACAUUUCCCAAAAUGUCAUUCAACUUGUAUGUGAGAGCUGAGGACUUGGACAAAGACUUGUGACACUCCUCACCCUCCCCUUCCUUUUCCAGCUGUUUUGACUUUCAGUUGCUUUGCCUGAACAUCUCCCACCUUCCCACAAAUGGGGAGCUCCCGAUCCUGGUAGGUUUCCUUGUCUCUCCUGAAAGUCCUGAUCAACUAGUAAUGUAGUUGCCUCUAUUUAAUGGGUUUGCUGGCACUGCAUUUCUGUGGAGAUAUAUAUAUAUUUAUAUGAUUUUAUUUUUUAAGAAUAGCUAUAGAAGCUUUAUUAUGAAAACAAAACUAAACCUCAUGGUGAAGUCAGAGAACUCUCAUGGUACAUGUAGGGUGUAGCAUUAAAAAAAAAACAAACACCAAGUGUUGCAAGGGUUGGGAUUUUUUUGAGGUUGGUUUUUUUUUGCUUUUCAAGUUCCUUUUAAAACAAGUCUUAGGAGUCAAAAUUUCCCUGAGACACAAAAAAUGUCAUUUCUUAACAUACAGAUCUCUCCGAAGGGAUUUGGGUGCCUGUUUCUUAUUUAAACGCUAAUUUUCAUUUGGGCAUUAGAUUCUGAAGCUCCAGACCUAGUUCACAUAGGUAAGUUUAUAAGUUAUUUAGUGCUUUGUAAAACUGUCCUCAGAGUCUGCUCUAAUUUUGUGAUAGGAAGACUUGGUGAGUUGUCAGGGGUUAGUGACCCAUUCCUUUUCAUAUGAAACGUGUACUUUAUGAACAUCAUCUUUCCAGUGUGGAAUUUCAGUAGUAGUUUUUCCUGAUCCUUCUAGGUACCUGGAUGCUGAUGGCAUAAUAAGCACUUUUAAAUUAAAUAGUUACCUGUUUAAUAAAUCGUUACCUAUUUUAUAUGAAAACUCAAUAAGUCUUAGAGCUGCUUCCAGUUAGGAGUAAGGCACAAGAAGCAAGUAUAACAUGUAGGUAAAGGCAGCUACUUCCACAAGUUACAUUUACUAACCCAGAAGUUCAUAUGUUUGAAGCAUUUGGGGAGAAAAAAUGCAUAUAUAUUCAUAUAUAUACAUAUAUUAACAUAUAUGUAUAAAUGAAUAGGUAUAUUCAAAAUAUCUAAAUGUGUAUUAGUAUUUAUAUUCAUGUACAUACACAAUGGAGAAUUGUUUUCCAAUAUU